ACUAUGGCAAUUUUCCUGAGAAAUUUCAAAUAUAUUCGCAGUCCUUUUCCUCUGGCKUAUGCCCCAUUAUGGAGACGUAUCUACUUCCACUGUACAGAAUAUCCAAGCCUUAAUAGGAAUAGACGAUUGACAUCAGUCAUUCAUAAUGACUUGGUGAAACAAUUCACUCAUACAACUAAAAAGUCUAAAAAGAAAGCAGAAAAUGCAAGCCAAAARACUGGGAAGGGUAGAUCAGUAGAGAAAACCAAAGACAAGAAGGCGAAGGAUGCAAAAAAGACUACAAAAUCGAAAACCACAAAUGUGACCAAGAAAGAAGACAUAUCAAAACUUAUUUCACUUAGUAGUGCAAUAAAUGACAAAGGGCUACCAAUUGAUAGCCAGAAUGACGAUAUUGUUGAUAAUGAUGUUGAGCAAAUAAUAAGAGAUAUGAAUUGUGAACAUGCAUCGGAAGAAUAUCUGGAAUCUGAGGAUAUCAAGGAAAGUGUACCUUUAUCUGACAAGGAGUUUGCAUCRGGACAAGUGGGAAUGAAGUAUAGAGAUGGUACUAUAGGGGCUAAACUUUAUGAAGUAAGCACAAUAGCAGAAAUGAAUGGAUACUUGAGCUUGGGACAGGUGAAUGAAGCACAGAAGUUGUUUAACCGUUAUUUAAGRAUUGGUAAAUCUCUCGGCAUUGAUUCAUUCAAUAAGAUGCUGAUGGGAUGGGCAGAAUAUGGUAAUCUAAUGAGUGUCAAGAUGACAUUAAACUUACUMAARUCUGAUGGCUUAAAACCUGACUUGUCAACUUAUGCUGCUUUGUUAUAUGCAUAUGGGAAGUUCAACAAAAUUGAAAAACUGAAAGAAAUAGUGAAUGAAAUGGAAAAAUGUGAAUUAGACCCAGAACAUAUUUUUUACAAGUGUUUACUUACUGAAAACCAAGCGAAAGGAGUUAUGCAUGCUUUACACUUACUAGAUCCUAGAUACACUGCUUCAAUACCACCAGAAUAUGGCAAUACAAACUAUCCUUCCCUUGUUAAAACAUUAUAUAACAAUGUGAAUGACACUGAUGAUAUCAAAGUAGAUUCUAAUAGUGAUUCAAGUCACAUAUUAAAUGAACAUGAGUUACAAAACCUGUUAGAAGAACAGCUAUCUCGAGAACUGAGUGGCACUACAGUUAUCAAUUCCAUUGAAGAAGUACAUCAGCAGGAUGAAGAGAUGAAGAAACUCAAAGGGAUGUAUGAAAUAUGGAGAAAAAAAUCUAAGGAAUCACUAACUAAAGUUAUUGAAGAAGAACUUCAUGAAAUCAAGCAAGGAAAGUUCAAGUCCCUCAGGCAGCGAUAUGCUCCAUUCCUACAAGCAUUUGAUGCAGAGGAACUAGCUGAUCUUACCCUAGAUCAAGUUAUGUAUUACAUCAAAGGUCAAGUAGAAGGAGUGCCACUUCACAGUCUUAGUGGAGCGGUUGGUUCAGCACUUAGUGCUAAAUACAUUGUUAAACAAAGAGAGAAGGCUGGAGUUCUUAAAAAGAUCAAAAAUAUUUACUCAGAUUACUUUGCAUAUGUCAUGGACGACCAACUUACAUCCAAGAAAAUGGCCCGUGAUAGAUGGGAUGAACUGGAUCUUGGCCGACCUUAUGAAGCAUGUUUGAGACAAGAUGUUGCAGAUUGGCCUUGGGCUACCAAGCUAUUAUGUGGAUGUACAUUAAUUGACUUGCUGCUUCAAUCAAUAACAGUCAAUGUAAACGUCUUCAACAACAAAUCCGAGUCGCUAUUGGCUGCAUUUUACCAUACAUAUGAGUUCAGAGAACGMCGUAAAAUWGGUGUCAUCAAACCACACCAAGUUGUUUGUAAGUUAUUUAAAGGAUACCUUGCAGAUCAUGGAAGCAUUGUCAUGGCAACAACAUCUGUGCCAAUGCUGGUACCCCCCMGACCUUGGAGAGAUGUGCGAGAUGGAGCCUUCUUACUCCAACCAGUUCAGCUGAUGCGAACAAACCAGGAAGACGACARCAGACAAGAUCGCUUACUGGAAAAUAAGAUUAGUUGUAACAAACUCUGUGCAGUUUUUGAUGCUUUGAACUAUCUUGGCGCAUGCGCAUGGCGUACUAAUGAUCGUAUUCUUGACCUGGCAAUUCACUAUUUUAAUAAUGGAGGCAACGAUGUCCUGGCAAUUCCUGAUGCAGUUCAACAGCCAGAUAUGGACRUCUUUGAUAAGACUGGUGUCUCUCCUGAGGAACGUAUGAAAAUACUGCAAGAACAUCGUCGAGCCCGUAAAGCAGCCCGCGAUCAGUACAGUCUGCGAAUGUCAGCGCUAUAUAAGCUGUCAGUUGCUAAUCACUUUAGAAAUCACGUGUUUUGGUUGCCUCUAAAUAUGGAUUUUCGUGGMCGAGUCUACCCUAUUCCACCUCACUGUUGUCACGUGGGAGAUGAUUUGAACCGUGGGAUGCUGCAAUUCGCAAAAGGAGUUCCUCUUGGACAGCACGGCCUACGAUGGCUGAAAAUCCAUUUGACCAACCUUCAUGGYGCUAAAAAGAAAGCUUCAUUAGAUGARCGUGAGGAAUAUGCUAAUGAAAUGAUGGAAGAGAUUAUGGACUCUGCUGAUAAUCCAAYAACGGGUCGACAGUGGUGGAUGACAGCRGACGAACCAUGGCAGACGCUAGCCACGUGUAUUGACAUAACCAAUGCUGUACGUAGUGGAGACCACACCCAGUACGUAUCCCAUCAUCCUGUKCAUCAAGAUGGUUCAUGUAAUGGUCUUCAACACUACGCUGCGCUUGGUCGAGACAGUUACGGUGCAAAACAAGUGAACCUCAUCCCUGCUGACCGACCACAGGAUGUCUAUGAAGAGGUCGCGAAGUUAGUGGAGAUAGAACGACUUCACGAUGCAGAUGCAGGACAUAAAAUAGCUCAACAACUGGAAGGAAAAGUCAAGCGUAAAGUGAUCAAACAAACCGUCAUGACUAUCGUGUAUGGAGUUACGUUUGUUGGCGGACGACUGCAGAUUGAACGUCAACUAAAAGAUCUCGACAUUGAUGAGCGACUCCUGUUUGAUUCAUCAGCUUACCUUGUACAUAAAGUAUUUGCUAGUAUUGGACAAUUAUUCACUAGAGCCAAAGCUAUACAGGAUUGGUUGGCAUUAGCUGCUACCCAUAUAGCCUAUACAGGUCAUAUGGUCGAUUGGUAUACGCCGCUGUCGCUAUAUGUUUGUCAACCAUAUAGUAAACGGGCUGUCAAAAUWAUAAGAACCAARCUCCAAGGCAUUGAAAUACCAGCCAAAGSCUUGGCGUCAUCACCACCUGAUUCCAGGAAGCAGCGUGGAGCUUUCCCGCCAAACUUUGUACAUUCCCUAGACUCGACUCACAUGAUGCUUAGCGCUCUGUACUCCCAGAGGGCGGGGAUUACCUUUACUUCUGUGCAUGACAGUUUCUGGACACACGCUGCAACUAUUGAUACCAUGAACAAGAUUUGUCGAGAACAGUUUGUUGCUCUUCAUUCUCAACCAAUCCUUCAGGACUUGCAGAGGCACUUUGAUGAAAACUACGGUAGUUUAAAAUUUCCUCGACCAUUGAAACUCAAAAGAGACGAAUAUCAGCCAGUCAAACAGGCUUCGUUCGAUGGACUUCCAGAAAUUGGUGACUUUGACGUAAGGCAGGUUCUUGAUUCGACGUAUUUCUUUAGCUGAUGUGAAGGAAAAAAGAUUAAGCAGUCAUGGCACUAAAAUCAGUGAAUACUGAAUUACUAAUUUAAAUAAACAAUAUUAUUUUGGCUUUCUUGAUCUAUCAUAAGCAGAUCCMAAGCUGAAUUUUUAUUUAAUUUAAAAGCAAGUGAUAAUUUGAAAAGAAUAUCUGAGUAUCAAUAAAAAUUUUGAAAUGUGGUA